AUGAAGCCGGUGGUGUCUACAUUUCAAGCAUACUGUUGCUUUGUCACAUCUGCAUUUGGCAUUGCCAUUCUUUCAGUCAUUGGUUACUUGUUUCAAACGAAUAGUGAAUCGUUUAUGGGAUCGAUAAAUGACCCCGAGGAUGGACCUGCUGUUGCCAAAACUGUGUUUGGUGCUGUAUUUGUGUAUAUGGCUUUCUUUGUUUUUUGUGGGUUGCAGAUAUUGUUGAUCAAGAGACAGUCGAGGAUCCAAUUAUGA